AUGACUUCUGGAAGGCAGCAAACGAGGAUGUGUAGGAGGAGCUCCGCGGAAUCCUCAUCCUGGGAAGGUCUCCUUUUCUCUCUCUCUCACACUCUAUUUCUCUCCCUGUCCAUUUUAUUUACCCGCUUGUACAGAAGAGAAAGCAGGGAGUGGUCGGAAGACAACUUAGCUCUAAAAAAAAAGGAGGACAGAACAAAAAACAAGGUGAUGGCGGUGGAGAUCUCUAGGGAUCUGACGGUGCAUGUGUUGGAGGACGUGAAUGCUGUCAAGCUGAGUGGCACACAGCAGGCUCUGCGUGAGGCCAUCCAGAGGGGAGAGCCCAAAUGUCUGGGGGUCAGUCAGGUGAUGCUGGGGCUGAUGGUCAUGUCCUACUCCAUUCCUCUGCACUUCACUGUUAGAACUGAAGUGGUCAAAUUCGGAGUUCCUUGGUGGAGCGGCUUAAUGUUCAUCACAGCGGGGGUGGUGGCUAUCGUCUUGGACAAAUACUGCACCAUGAAGAUUCUGCGGGUGAAUCUGAUGGCGAGCAGCGCGUCCAUGCUGCUGGCGGUGGUGGCUGUGAUCAUCUACUCCGUGGACAUGAACAGGAAUCCGGAGUCGCCCUGCGUCGAGACGUCAUAUGUCGGCUGUGGCGAGGAGCACUACGCCACGAUGCUGAGCAGAGGGGUGAAGUCGUCCCUCCUCCUCUUCACUCUGGCCCAGACCGCCAUCUCUGCUGUUCUCUUCUUCCUUCUCAUCAGGCAGAGACGCAGCUUGGGACAGUACGCUCACCUCAGCGAAGCUGCUGCAUCAACCCCCACAUCAAUCACACCCCCCCACCUGAACUGAUCAACCCCAUGACCACGAGCCUUUGAGGUGAUGGAUCGCCUCCCAUCAAGACCUCUUCCCCAAAGGAGACUGAUCACCUGUUGUAUGUGUAUUGAUUUUGUCUUCCCGCCACCUGAAAUGCCACCAGCUGAGGAGUAGUUGCUUUCUUUGUGUGCUUAUGAAUGUUGUGCCAGGAGCCUAUUAUUAUAUAUAUAUUAUUAUAUAUAUAUUAUUAUAUCAUUUGUUCACUUAACACAGAGUUGUUGUCAAAUCAAUUGUAAUGGAAGAAAUAAUACCUCUAAAACACUGGCGUAGUCGUUCAAAUAUGACACAUUUACAAACGCUUUAAAGGAUGGAACAAUGUAUUCUGACAUGUAGACCGACAGAUAGUUUUCCUCCUUGUGGUGAAGCUAUCACAAGCCACCUGGACGGCCGUGCAAUGUGAAAAUGGAUCCUGACAAUGGUAGAAAACUUUCUACUUUGUGCAGGAAGUAGAGGAUGUUUCUGUGGCCGUAGGGGUCACUCGGCGCCCGGGUUGAUUGCACGUCUUCUCUUCUUCAUAUAGCCAACCUGUAUCGCCAUGUGAACGUUAAACACUGACCAAAGUGAUUUCAGGAUAUAAAGGUCCGGUUCAGGAGUAUUUAACCCAGGGGUCGGGAACCUAUGGCUCGCGAGCCAUAUAUGGCUCUUCUGGUGACGGCAUAUGGCUCACAGACAAUUUUGAGUUGAAAAAAAAAUCUCCGCCUGCCCCCCUGUAAUUUUCUCUAUCGCGCCAGAUUACAGCAGAAGUAAUGCCAGGUCCUUUUCUUAAAGACGUCUUUGUUCUUUUAUUAAACUAAACGUCUGUUAUUGAUCGUAUCCAAACAACAGCAUGUCAUUUCUGUCUCUACGUGUCGCGGUAACACUGGAGCAAAGAAAGUCACCUGCCCCCCCCCCCCGUAGCGUCAUGCAGCACCAAAAGUCGCAUUAAAAGCAAGACAUAAUUUAUUUAUUAUCCGUUAAAAAUACUAUAUGGCUAUCAAUGAAAUAUAUUUAGAAAUAUUUGGCUUUUAUGUCUCUCCCAGUCAAAAAGGUUCCUGACCCCUGAUUUAACCUUUUCCAGAGGUCGACCUAGCAGUGGUGUGAAAGUCACAUGAGAGCCAGGCCAGAGCUGCUCUUCUACACAGCGUGUGAGGCGACCUCACAUAGACGUACAGUCUGUAAGAAACCUGCCGCUUUGGAGGGAGUAUAUAUCGUGUUUACCAUAAAGCCAGUGAGCUCAAGAAAUAGCAAACAUUGGAAAUAGCAUAUACCAUUCAAUUGGAGAAAAAGCGAAGAGUAAUCCCUAGGUUCGCUUGCUACGUUGUUGUUUUUAGUUUAUGGUGUUCGUUCAGGUUGACGUGAAAGCUCAGUAGUUUAGCUCAAACAGCUCAAUCCCUUGAUGAAGACUGCGAGAUUAGAUUGAACGCAACUGAAAUUCGACUUUUGAGAUUGGGUUUUUGCAUCGUCAAGAAUUAAUUUUCAAACAUGGCAAUGUUAGUAUCCUGGAUAAACCAAUAGAGUGCAGAUCUCCAUCUGGUCCAGAAUCUGUGGAUUUUUUUAAAUAAACACUUAUCUGUGAGGAAGCAAAUAACUGCCAGUGAGGAAGAGAAAUUUUGCUUUUGAGGAGGUCACCUGACUUCACCAGCGAGGCUGCUCGGUGUCCCAGAGUCCUCUGACGUCCAAUGGGAUUCCUCAUCAGAAAAAGGUUUCAUGGUGAUGCUGCAGUCUUCUGUUUUUCUCACUUUUGGAACAGAAGUAUUUUACAUCGUAUACAUGAUCAUAAGGACUGUUUUUAUUUUUGACAUACUGUUCACAGUGUUAACAAACGCAUGUUCCCUAAUUGUGUACUCACUCUUUGAUAUAUUUUUGUUAAUUGUACACAAAUAAAAUGGUAUGGAUAUAUAUGAAUUGAA